UUGGUACUAUGGGGCUAAUAGGGAGUGAGAUAGGGAGUGAACAGGCUCUCCAUAGACAGGCUCUGUGUCAAUGCUCUAGACUAGACCAAAGGAUUUCUAAUAAGUAGGCGGGCUUUGACUAGACCUAGCUAGUAAACACCAGAGAGUGUCGAUAGUAGUCAAGAAGGAUCGUUGUUCUCAUUACUCGCUGAAUGGAAGAAAACACGAUGGCUAGUAAUAAUAAUAAGAAGGAGAUACUGGUGUUGUCAGCUCUCGGGCUUCUUCUUGUGGAAGAAGAAAUAUGUCGCAGGCGAAACUUAAGGAGAAACGGCACUAAGUCAUGGAUCUCACAGCGACAGCCUCAAGGAGCUUCCCCGCGUCAAAUCACGGAGAAAAUAAAUAUAUCAGAGAAAGAGACCAAGAAGAAGUCCCUGCAAUCACAGCUUACCCGCUAUCGCAAGCUCUCUCCUUCAGGAAGUUCUGGGACAGACAAGACUGCCAGACAGCAGCGGAUACUGCGGAUGUUAGAGUUUCUGAAGCCACAUACGAAGUCUAACCUCACUCACACGGAACCACCGGCCCCUACUGACACCAUUUCAGGCGCCACUGUUGAUGCCUUGGACAACAACCAGGAUGAGACGGCUUUUGAACCGCUGAUUGCAGAAUCUACUUUUUUGGACCCAGGCUUUGAGUCAACCAGCAGCAGCUCGUCAGCUGGAAGCCCGCGAAGGCCUCCUGCAAAGCGCAGCAGGAAAUCUCACGAUGAUUCGCUGGCAGACACUAAGAUGCGCACAAUAGAGGCAGCGCUUCACAGAAUGUCUGCAGAGGGCAGACCGGACUUCAUUGCAGUGGCCUGCCAAAGCAUAGAACACAAGUUCAGGAUGGUGCCACCACAUCUCCUGCCUCGAUUGGAGAACAGAGUUCAAAACCUCAUUUUUAAUUUUUUCGAGGAGCACAACCUGGACACACACACACACGACUCUUAAUAUUUGUAUUUGUGCUUUACCCUUUUUAUAUUUCAUACAUUUUACUUCUGAUAAUAAAAGCCUAUCUUUGGAAACGUGAA